UAUUGUAUCAAUUCCGUGUCCAGAUGCGUAUAGCGGAUACAUUGAAAGCAGCUCACACUCCGGGCACACACGACGGGAAAGAGAAAAUACUUACAUGAAUAUCUGAUGUUCGCUAGACCUACAUAAAGCGCCACAACCGAAAUGUUUGUGCAAUUGUACAAUACCGAUUGGUUUUCGAUUUGGAACAAGGGCCAUCUUAUUGAACUCCCGUAACCACUGAUCUAGGAUCUGCUCAUCCGCCCCAAUUCUAACCUUAACCAUUGGUGGGAAAAACGCAAAACUGAACUUAGAUGGGCGUCUAAGGGCAACUUCAUCCUUUGUGCUCUGAACCAACCCUUUCGUUUUUCUCAAGGAGGGAAAUCAAGUUUGUGUGUGAGAGCGCUAUCUGGCUGUCAGAAGUGGCGGAGUAAGGGAGGGAGGGGAAUAGGGUGGACACACACCGCUAGCCAACAGAGGGGGUGGCGUUUGAUUCGGUAAAAACCGAGAUUGAACGAACGGACUGUGGAACCAACGAAGCUGCCCCUUUAAAUCAGGAAUACAGCGCAUUUGGAGGAGGUGAAGGUUUACAGCUGACCAUCUGACCUGAGGUCACAACCGCUCCUGUCCACCUGAGUGACCCAACUCACCUGUGGGGGUGUGUAUUGAUGGAUCAGGAUGUCAACCAAUAACAACAUCGCCCAGGCCAGGAAACUGGUGGAACAACUGAGGAUCGAGGCAGGGAUCGAACGUAUUAAGGUGUCAAAGGCAGCAGCAGACCUGAUGAGUUACUGUGAGCAGCACGCCCGUAACGACCCGCUCCUCGUUGGCGUCCCAACGUCAGAAAACCCUUUCAAAGACAAGAAACCCUGCAUCAUCCUAUAGCUGCACGCUCGUCUCUGCCCAUCAGACACACACACACACACACACACACACACACACACACACACACACACACACACACACACACACACACACACACACACACACACACACACACACACACACACACACACACACACACACACACACAUACACACACACACACACACACACACACACACACACACACACACACCCUCUGCACGUACACACACUCCCACCGGCUGACUCUGCAACAGCCAACAAGGCCCAGCUCUGUUAGGCUAUACAUACAACACACACACAUACAUACACACACACACAGAAAUGAAAUAGCCACUUUGGAAAAGCGCCAUACUCAAUAGCCACAGCUAGGGGGCGGUGUCUGUGUUUACAGACCACAUUACCACAUUAGUGAUAUUAGCCCUGAGUUGUGUCUCUGUGGUGCUGAGGGUAAGCCUGCACUAACAUGUAGCUCUGAUACUGGUUACUGACUCGCCCACAGAGAUAGUGACACUCAAGUGGAGAUGACAGAUUUGCUUCAAAAAGGGAUUAGGACAAUUAUCUUAAUAGGAAUCCACAGUCGCCUACAUGAAGUUAUAGGCUGAUGUAUAGCAUGUAUUUUAUUGAUUCAUUGAUUAAUCGAUUGACUGAUAGCAUGUAUCUGGGUGCUGUGGAGUGAGGGGUGUAAGGUACAUGAGGGUAAGGAGUGAGGUGGGGGGUGUAUGUGUGACCAAUCUGGUGUAAAACCUGGGUCGUCCGUGUGAUGCAAGCUGUGUUAGCCCUGUCAGCUAAAGCCUAGCCAUUAGCCGUGGAAGCUAAUACAAGUCUUCAGGUCUCAGGCAUGGUUACCCAUCACUAAACCACCGUGGCUAUACACGGUGUGUUUGUUAGCCAUAUAGUGGCUGACUUGCCACUAACUUGCUAAGUAUCACAAUAGGGAUGGCCCCUUCCUGAAUCCUUGGGUCAACGGUAAUGUUAGUGUUUCCACAAGACAUUGUGUUUUUGUGAACAUGGCAUUGAAACACUGAGCAGGUUGGUACAUGCUGCAUAUGUACCCACUGGGUUUAAACCCGGAUCAUCUGCAAUGCCACAAGACAGUUAGCCCACUGAGCUAAAGUAUAGGCUACAUACUCCCCCACUCUAGCGACGGUUAUCGAUCAACAGUGUUACUGCUUUGGUUUUGAUUUCUUGGUCAGUGGGUUUUCUAUAGGCCAAAACUCCAGCUGUGUCAACUUGUGAAGUAAGUUGCUCAUAGACACUGAUCUAAGAUCAGUCUUGUGUUUUCCCUCUAAUGGUAAAGGUUAGGAUUUAGGGAGGGUCAUCUGAUGCUAGAUCUGUGUCUAAAAGGCUGCGUUUACAGAGGCAGCCUAAUUCAGAUCUUUGUCCACUAAUUGGUCUUUUGACCAAUCAGAUCAGCUCUUUUUCCAAUAAUUGGGCAAAAGAUCAGAAUUGUGCUGCCUGUGUAAACGCAGCCUAAUGAAACUUUUAUCUUGAGUACUGCCAAGUACUGAGAGGUUAACUUUGUUCAAGGUUUUAACACCAGAAGUAUAUAUAUAUAUGUUUUUUUAUUAAUUAUUGUUUAGAUAUCUUGUCCAUUUAUUGCCAUACAUUUAGCAGAUACUGUAGGUUUCCAUUCACUCCUUAACUUUACACUUGAGUCAAAAGUUUACCUUAACCACAGAUCUAGGAUCAGAUUAUCAUCCCCAAUCUUAAAUUGAACCAUAAGGGGGGUGUUCAAAUAUCUGAUCCUAUAUCAGUGGUUAGAGACAUCACUAGUUCUGCCAAUGAGAGCAAGCAUCACAUCAUGGGCUUUGCUUAUUGGCUCAUCAUGUGUUCUAUUGAGGAACAAGAGCCAAUUACAAAGUGGUGUGCCGUGUCCCCACCUCCACAGACCUAUUCCUCUACUCCCAAACCAAACUUGAUUGUAAAAAAAUUAAAAGACGCUAGAGAAAAUAAAAAUAAAAGUGUAUAAACUUUCUUUAAGUGCAGAAGUGAUACGUUUUGAGAUUAGCUUUUUGGGGUUUGGUUUGAGUUUCUUUCUAAAUGGAAGCAGGUCAGUCGAGUAUUAUUAUCGAACUGUACAGUAUUUGUAAGAUAAAAGGUCAGAAUUCAAUCAAAGUGCAUCAAACUUUUUCCACCAAAAAAACACAAAAAUGCGCUUUAAUUGAAUGUCAGCUGGUUGCAGAAUCUUUUCUGUGGAUGUUACAUUUUUGCGUAAAUGUUUCCCUUCUGUCAGAAUUUAGUCUGUUUGUUUCCUCAUUCAGCUUGAGACAGGUUCACACACACACACACACACACACACACACACACACACACACACACACACACACACACACACACACACACACACACACACACACACACACACACACACACACACACACACACACACACACACACUCCCCUAGUGACAAAAUGGGGAGCCAACCACAUCUACAAAGCAGUGGCGUGGCCGUACUCGUAGCAUAGCUUCUUAUACACAGGCUAGGCACUGUGAGAAACAAACCUGAACCAUUAAAACACUGUCUCUCUCUCUCUCUCACACACACACACACACACACACACACACACACACACACACACACACACACACACACACACGCACACAGUUUCCUAAUGUCUUUUACAAUUGAUUAUCUGAGGGACAAUCUUGCUAUUUCUUCAUUCAUUCAUUCCAUGGACAGUUAUUUUUGAUGGAUUGAUUGGUUGAUUGAUGGUUUGCCUUGUUGUGGUGUAUUGUGUUGUAUGCUGGUUAGGAGCAGGAGUUUUACCUGGUCAGGUCACAUGGUCAGGAACAACAUUCUAGCCCUAGACUUGAGAGUAUUUGAGGGAACAGUCUUUAAAGAGGACACAAAGCUCUAGAAUGGAAGUGUUGUGGUGCUCCCGUUCCCGCAUCAUUCACUAUGGCUGAUCUAGGUCAGUUGAAAGUUUUCUCCCCCUAAAGAUUAUGUCAGGAUUUGGGAAAUGGAAUCUGAUCCUAGAUCUUACCCAGAACAGAACGCUAGAACCCUAAAACAAAUUUCUGUCCCUAGACACUGAUCUCGGGUCAGUUUUACCUGGACUCAUCGUUGUGUUUUUAUCUCCUGUGUAUGCAUAUACAGUAUGUAUCUCUGAUAACGCUUUGUUUUACAGUCUCCUUUAACUUGGUAUUUGCUUCGAAAAAACAUGGUAAAAACAUGUGUUUCGUUGCAAGCCAGGACUAUUUAGUACCAGGUUGAAAGUCCCCAUUGCUACCACAAUGUGUUCAUUCCAGCUGGGACAGGACUGUAAAGUAAAGCGUUACCGGAUCUUUUUGCCUUGAUUAAUUGUGAAUGAUCAGUUAUUGAUUAUGAAGGAAAUGUAAUAUCUAUUUUUUGUAUCUGGUCGCUCUGAUGUGCCAUAACUCAUGUUUUCUUGCACACUGUUCAUAUUUUACAGUGAAAUACUUUACUGUUAAGACUUUACUGUUCAUAUUUUACAGUUAAAUACUUUACUGUUAAGACUUUAGUGUUCAUAUUUUUGUGGAUAUUGCUGUUAAAGAAAAGAUGGUAUUUAAAAGUAGACAACAGUAAUAAAAAUAUGAUAAUAA